AUGAGCGAGGAGGCUGCAGCUGCCCGCAAGGAACAGCUUGCUCAAGAUCUCGCUCGUGCGAAGAAUGCCGGCUGGAACAACCCCAUUCCGUUCAACUAUGAGACAGUCGUUGGCGGUGACGUUGAGCGCGAUGAGACUCGUAAGGACGCUCAGUGGCUGUCCGAUGCUGCCAUCUACCAGUGGGAUGAUGAGUUCGGCGACGUCGGCGAGCCCAAUCCCGAGUUGGAGAAGAUGCUCUUCCAGGACGAGAACCUCCAGCGUGCUGGUGGUGCUAUCAAGGCUCUUUCAUACGAGGUGACGGUCGAGGGCCCUGAGAAAGUUCACCCAGUCCGCGAGUUCGACGAUGCUGGGCUUCAUCCGGUCAUGCUCGAGAACGUCAAGCUUUGCCAGUACUCAGCCCCUACGCCCAUACAGUCCUACUGCAUUCCUGCAGUCUUGACCGGUCACGAUGUCGUCGCCAUUGCUCAGACUGGUUCUGGAAAGACCGCGGCCUUCCUGCUCCCCAUCUUGUCUAAGCUUAUGGGCAAGGCUCGUCAGCUUGCGGCUCCACGUCCUAACCCUGCUCGCUACAACCCUCUUACAGACCGCGUCCGCGCUGAGCCUCUUGUGCUUGUCGUCUGCCCCACCCGAGAGCUGGCUUGCCAAAUCUUCGAUGAGGCUCGUCGCCUCUGCUAUCGCACUAUGCUGCGCCCGUGCGUCGUCUACGGAGGUGCUCCUACGCGCAACCAGCGCGAGCAGCUCGAGAUGGGCUGUGACAUUCUCAUCGCUACCCCCGGUCGCCUUAUGGACUUUAUGCAGAACCUGAACCUGCUGUCCUUCCGUCGACUAAAGUUCACAGUCAUCGAUGAGGCUGAUGAGCUUCUCUCCUCUGGCUGGGAAGAGGCCAUGGCGAAGCUGUUUUCUGGCUCCGAUGUCAGCUCGGAUGCAGACCAUACGUAUCUCAUGUUCUCUGCUACGUUCCCCAAGUCCGCUCGCCGCCUUGCAAAGGAGUAUAUGGACCAGGAUUACCUUCGUAUUAAGGUUGGUCGUGUCGGCAGUACUCACCAGAAUAUCACCCAAACCAUCGUCUACGUCGAUGAGCGCGAAAAGGACCAGGCUCUGUUCGACCUGAUCUUCUCCAGUGAGCCCCAGCGUACGCUCAUCUUCGUGAACAGCAAGCGAAAAUGUGAUAUGGUCGAUGAUUUCCUUUACAACAAGGGUUUGCCGUGUACUUCCAUCCAUUCCGACCGUACACAGCGUGAGCGUGAGGAUGCUCUGCGUUCCUUCCGCACCGCUCGCUGCCCCAUCCUCGUUGCUACCGGUGUUACUGCUCGUGGUCUUGAUGUCGCCAACGUCAAGCAUGUCAUCAACUAUGACUUGCCCUCCACACAGCAUGAAGGUAUCACUGAGUACGUUCAUCGUAUCGGUCGUACCGCUCGUAUCGGCAAUGAGGGCAAGGCCACAUCGUUCUACAACGACCGCAACGAGGAUAUUGGCGAAGACCUUGUCAAGAUCCUUCUCGAGUCCAAGCAGGAGGUGCCUGACUUCCUCGAGCAGUUCAAGCCCGAAGACCCUGACACGAUCGAGUGGCGUGAUGGUACCGACGACGAGUCCGACGAUGGUCUCGGUGGCGGCUUCGGUGCUGAUGCCGGUGGUUUUGACGCUGGUGCUGGCUUUGGUGGUGAGGAUGCUGGAGGCUUCGGCGGUGACACUUGA